AUGCCGAUUGUACGAGAGGAUAUCAUCCAUCGCAUAUGCUGUCAUGACCACUGGUCCUUCUCACUUAUCCAUAUUCUCCUUGGGCGUGGCGCGGAUGCUGGUUAUCUGGAUGAAUGGGGACAAUCCACGUUGCACAAAUGCAUACGUGCAUGUGACAGAGAGGAAGUCUGCUUGGAAUUAAUAUUACUUCUUGUUGAAGCAGGUUGCCCUGUUGACGUACAAGAUUGGGAAGGACAGACACCUCUGCAUAUUGCAGCUUACUCUGGAUUUACUGCGGUGACCCGUUUUCUCUUGGAUCGAGGCGCAGAUAUCUCUUACACUGACAACCACGGAGUUUCUGUGCUGCACAAGUGCCUUCAAACACAUGGCUUCGGAGAAGCUCGGAAGGAACUAUUGUUACUUCUACUUGAAGCAGGAGCCUCGGCAGAUAUUCAGGACUCGGAAGGAGAGACACCGUUGCAUCUCGCCGCUUCCCGCGGAUUUAAGCUGGCCACACGCCUCCUUCUGGGAUUUCAGGCGACUGUCAUGCACCUUGAUAAAAACGGCCGUUCAGUAUUGCACAAGUGCUUCCUAUCUUCUGACGGUUGGCAAGGAGAUCGUUUUGAAACUGCAUGGCUAUUGGUCCAAGCGGGCUUUCCCGUCGACUUGCGUAAUUCAGCUGGCGAGACAUUGCUCCAUCUUGUCGCUCGCUCUGGCACUGCCUCACAGAUUCGUCUGCUUCUGGGACUGGAUGCAGAUCCUGCUACUCUCGACAACUGGGGAGCAUGUGCCUUACACAAAUGCUUGGACCGUGGCGAUCAACUUGAAGUCCUAGGUAUAGUGGAAGUUCUGGUGGAAGCAGGUUGUCCUAUCGAUACGCAGGAUUCAUCUAAUGAGACGCUACUACAUCUUGCAGCUCGUCGUCGGUUUUUCUCAGUGGUCGAGUUCUUGCUAGGAAGGGGGGCAGAUCCCAUGAGCCUUGAUGGGGAUGGAGCGUCUGCGUUGCACAAAUGCCUUUAUGACGCCUGCUUGCAAACGGCACUGCUUCUUGCCGAGGCGGGCUGCCCUAUAGACCUGGCGAAUUCACUCGGAGAGACUCCCCUACAUCUUGCGGCUUCCUCAGGAUUCGCUUCUGUGAUACGUCAUAUUUUGGCACGAGGAGCAAACGUUACAUCCGUGGAUAACAGCGGACAUUCAGUUUUGCACAGAUGCCUCAGUGCCUCAGCGCUUCAAGAGGAUACCUGCGUCAAGUUAACACAGCUUCUCGUUGAAGCUGGCUGUCCUACUUCUGUUCCUAACUUUCAUGGGAAGACGCCUAUGCACCUCGCUUGCUCUCGUGGA